GCGUGUGUAACUAACAUCGCUGAAGGCAAUCUUAUCGCAAACAAACACGUAGCACAUCCACAUAGCAAUACACAUAGCACAUCCACAUAGCAAUACACAUAGCACAUCCUCACAAGGGCAUACAAUAUGAAGAUCUACUAUAUAGGAAUUUUAAGAACCGGCGACAAGACCUUAGAAUUGACUUCGGCCAGGGACUUAUCCCAGUUCUCCUUCUUUGAGAGAAACCUGGUUUCUCAAUUCAUGACUUUCUUUGCUGAAACCGUAUCCAAACGUACACAAGCCGGACAAAGACAAAGUGUCGAAGAAGGAAAUUAUGUCGGACACACUUAUGCCAGAUCUGAAGGCGUCGCCUGUGUCAUUAUCACCGACAAGGAAUACCCCGUUAGACCAGUAUACACAUUAAUCAACAAGGUCUUGGAAGAGUACUUGUCGUUACAUCCAUCCAACGAGUACGCCAACAUAGAAGCUACGAAUUCCAGCUUGGCAUACGAUCAAUUGGAAGUAUACGUUAAGAAAUACCAGGAUCCAUCUCAAGCAGACUCAAUCAUGAAGGUGCAACAAGAAUUGGAUGAAACCAAAGUGGUUUUGCACAAGACCAUCGAAGGUGUGUUACAAAGAGGUGAGAAGUUGGAUGCAUUGGUUGACAAAUCAGAAGCGUUGUCCUCGUCUUCAAGAAUGUUUUAUAAACAAGCCAAGAAGACAAAUUCAUGUUGUGUAAUUAUGUAAGUUUGCUUUCAGUUUGGGUUUAUAAGUUUUAUAUUGUCUAUACAAUGGUAAUACAUGCAAUUCUCUAUA